GCGGAAACUGAAGGGGGAGCUGAGGCCGCGGAAGCAGGUGAGCGGGGCGGGCGCGGAUGGAGCGGGAGAGGCCGCCGUCGGCGGGCAGCGGCUCCCGCCACAAUGCCGGCAAACGCGCCCAGCGAGCGCAGCAGGCGUCCGGCAGAAAGGCACGAACCACAAAAGCACUUAGGUCAUUACAGUUUGCAAAUCCAGGCCGCCAAAUAACAGAGUUCACUCCAGAAACCAGUCGGAGGGAGAAACGAAAGCUACAGACGAAGCAGCCAAGCCAAUCUAAUGCAGACAGGCAAACGAUGCCCAUAAAAAGCAAAGUGUAUGACAGUCAAGGACUCCUCAUCUUUAGUGGACUGGACCGGUGUGAUUGUUUGGACGAGGAUUGUUUGGGCUGCUUUUACCCCUGCCCCAGCUGUGGAUCCCAAAAGUGUGGCCUUGAAUGUCGCUGUGACCGAAAAUGGUUGUACGAGCAAAUUGAAGUAGAAGGCGGUGAAAUAAUUCGCAAUAAAAAUGUGAACUAGGUUGGUGGGGGGGUUUUAAAAGAUUUUAUUUAUAACUAUAAACUAAAAUGUGCCAUUUUCUUCUACAACUAAUUGGAAAUGUGUAACCUUGUAAAAGUGUGGCUAUUGGGCUGGCACUUGAUCCAAGGAACAUUCCAGGGAAAGGAAACCUAUUGCAGAUCUUAAAAGAUAUACUUGUAUAUUUAAUAAUUUUUAAUGUUAGAGCAAUUUAAAUAUAUGAUCAGCAGUGUUAAACAUUAUGUGUGCUGUAAGUGCAAAUAUUUUCUAGAAGAGUUUAACUUGCUCUUCUAUUUGGUCAAUUAAUUUGAAUUAUUGAAUUCAAAUUUUCUUUAAGCAAUAACUUCUAAUUUUAGUAGUUUACUUUGAAUUACUGGAUAAUUCAAAAAAAAUAAUCAGUGGAAAAUUGUAUUUUGAUUGUCGGGACUACAUUACUUCCACCUUGGCUGUAAGUAAAGCUGUUUCCUUCUGUGAUGGUAUACUGUUGCAUAAUAAGGCUGCUGGAUGCUAUUUGUUUGUCUGACUUCUGAAGAGGAUGUAAUCUUUCUUCAGUUUCUGCCCAAAUAAACCAUUUCCUCAUCAA